UCCAUUUCUGAACUGAGGAGACGCCGCCGCGCUCGCGUACAGCCCUCGUCUUUUUUUUUUAAAAAUAUACACGUUUAAGUAAAUAAAGUCGGUUCGGUGUCGCAUAUUUGGGCCAUUGCCUAAAAAUAGCGAGUGAAACAGCACACAUUGUGUGUCUUGGAGCGCUGUUUGAGUUAUAGCUAGAGCCGAAGCUAGCAUUUUAUUUCCCAUUUUAACUUUACAGAGCGGCGUUUUCCGCCGUUUUUUUUCUUUUCGCCGCCCCGCUCACUCUACCCCCUUGCGUGUGAGUGGGGGCCUGCAACGUCGGUUUAGCCACGAGGCGCGUCGGUAGUGUCGGAUAAGAGCGAUGGCGGAGUUCGGCAACGGACUAGCAGACGAAUCUCUAUUAGAUUCAGAUCCCGGACAUCCCGAACUGGAAGACCCAGGUGUCGGUGACGAAGAACCGGGGUUAGAAGAGGGAGAGGCCGCAAUUGAAGACCCGGAACUGGAGGCUAUUAAAGCCCGGGUCCGAGAGAUGGAGGAAGAGGCAGAAAAGCUGAAGGAGCUACAGAACGAGGUGGAGAAACAGAUGAAUCUCAGCCCCCCACCAGUUGGUCCUGUCAUCAUGUCCAUCGAGGAGAAGAUGGAAGCAGAUGGCAGAUCUAUUUAUGUUGGCAAUGUGGAUUACGGUGCUACUGCAGAGGAGCUUGAGGCUCACUUUCAUGGCUGUGGUUCAGUAAACAGAGUCACCAUUCUAUGUGACAAAUACACAGGGCAUCCAAAGGGGUUUGCUUAUAUUGAGUUUGCAGACAAAGAGUCUGUUAGGACAGCUAUGGCUCUGGAUGAAUCCCUUUUCAGAGGAAGACAGAUAAAGGUGGGAGCCAAGAGAACAAACAGACCAGGCAUCAGCACCACAGAUCGCGGUUUUCCUCGGGGCCGAUUCCGAUCACGGGGAGGAGGAGGAAGCUUCUCCUCGCGUGCACGAUACUACAGUGGUUACACGCCACCGAGAGGCAGAGGACGGGCCUUCAGGUUUCAGGACCAGUGGAGGCUGACAACCCCUCCCCAGGUGGCGCCGGCCCCCCCCACUGUCUCCGCAGCAUCUCUGUCUCUCUCCGCUCCCGCUAUGCACACUCACCCCAUCCUGUCGGUGUGGGGAGGCGGGGGAGGGGGGCAGGGCGACCACAGGCCCACCGCGGGGGGCAUUUACUACAACAGCAAACGCUGACGAUGCUUUUUAACUAACACUUUCAAAAAAAAAAAAGAAAAUAAAUUUUUAAAAAACAAACAAAAAAAAAAAACGUCACACAUCGCCCACAA